AUGAGUCCGGAAAACUGCUUUCUGCUUGACUUUGAAUCAGAUAACUUUGCUCUGGCCAGCUCCUGUAUGAAUCAGAGCUCUAACCAUUCAUCUGAAGAUUGGUUUUACCCCGGAGUCACGUAUGCUAUAGCCCCGGUGUAUGGGAUCAUUAUCCUCAUCGGGCUCAUUGGGAAUGUCACCCUGAUUAAGAUAUUUUGCACUGUAAAGUCUAUGAGAAAUGUCCCCAAUCUGUUCAUCUCUAGUCUGGCUUUGGGAGAUCUGCUACUCCUUGUGACUUGUGCCCCAGUGGACGCCAGCAGGUACCUGGCAGAUAAAUGGCUCUUUGGGCGAGUGGGUUGCAAGCUUAUCCCCUUCAUCCAGCUCACCUCGGUGGGGGUGUCUGUCUUCACAUUGACAGCCCUUUCGGCUGACAGGUAUACUGCAAUAGUAAAGCCCAUGGACAUUCAGGCCAACAAUGCUUUAACUAAGAUCUGCAUCAAGGCUGCACUAAUAUGGAUAUUGUCAAUGACUCUUGCGAUCCCAGAAGCGGUCUUUUCAGAUUUGCACCCGUUUUACGACAAGGAAACCAACAAGACUUUUGUUAGCUGUGCCCCGUACCCACAUUCAGAUGGACUGCACCCAAGAAUCCACUCAAUGACAUCAUUUUUAAUCUUCUACGUUAUUCCCCUGUCUAUCAUUUCAGUAUAUUAUUAUUUUAUUGCCAAAAACCUGAUUAGAAGUGCUUACAACAUGCCGGUGGAAGGAAAUGUGCAUGUCAGACGACAGAUUGAAUCUCGCAAGCGCCUAGCUAAAACAGUACUGGUGUUUGUUGGACUCUUCGCUUUCUGUUGGCUGCCAAACCACGUCAUCUACUUAUAUAGAUCCUACCAUUAUUCAGAAGUGGACACCUCGGUUCUGCACUACAUUACCAGCAUCUGUGCCAGGGUCUUGGCUUUCACUAAUUCGUGUGUGAAUCCAUUUGCACUUUAUUUGCUCAGCAAGAGUUUCAGGAAACAGUUUAACAACCAGCUCUUCUGCUGCAGACCAAGACUGAUUGUAAGAUCACAGAGUAUGGGAAGAAGUACAACAAGAAUGACCUCUCUCAAAAGCACAAACCAUUCCAUGGCUAGCUUCAGCCUGAUCAAUGGAAAGCGUAUCUGUCAUGAAGGCUGUGUUUAGAAACUAUGAACAAAGGCCAUGAUUUAAGACUUUUUGGGUACCCAAGCCAAAUAAACAUGACAUUUACAUGUACUGCCUGUGAAAUUAUACUUAUAUUUCAUUCCAGGGCCUAAUUCCCGCAGAGACUGCUGGUCGCAUGUGAUAGCUCUGGUCUUUACAUGCAGCCAUUGUUGCCACACAACAGAUAAAACACUACUAUAGAGAAUGUUUUAAUUGAAUUGCACUUGGUAAUGUUGUAGAGUGUUAAUAGAAGUCGUUCACCUGUAUCUAAAUGUUGUACUAUAUUUAAAUAAAAACGUCUAAG